CAGAGGCGAUCUAGUAGCAGCUUCCUUUUGUAGCUUGCAGAGGCAGGGGAUGAACAAGUGAAAGAAAGGACUUCAAAGCACGCACCAUGAAAAGUUGACAACAGCCAGAGAGAAUAACUUCUACUUUGGUCCGCUGGAAUAUAGUUUGAGAUCAGAUGCAAAACUCUUGAGCUCAAGCUCUCGGGUGAGGAACAGGAUGCCGAUCUAUCAGCCUUGGUGCCAUGGUACUAUAACUCGUUCCCAAGCUGAGGAUCUGCUUUCCAAAGCAGCAAGAGAUGGAAGCUUUCUUAUCCGGGCCAGUGAGUCCAUAAAGGGCGCGUAUGCCCUCUGUGUUCUAUUCCAGAACUGUGUCUACACUUACAGAAUCCUGCCAAAUGAAGAUAAGAAGCUCUCUGUCCAGGCAUCUGAAGGAGUUCCUAUCAGGUUCUUCUCUAUGCUACCUGAGCUUGUGGAGGCAUAUUACAGUCCCAACAUGGGUCUGAUCACGCACCUGCAGUACCCUGUCCUGAGGGAGGACGAGAUGGACGAGGAGCCAGAAUCCAAUAAUCUUCCACCGCAGCUCCCACCCAGGAACUUCUUGGCCAACGAUGGGAAAGACAGUGAACCCAAGUCUUCUGAGCAAAGCUGCAAGUCCUUAUCGGACACCUACCUGAUGAGACUGCAGCAUAUGGACAUGUCCAUAAUACCAGAGGAGCAUCAAACGGCUCUCCAAGAAUACUUCAGGACCUCGAUCAGCUUGGAUGCUGAACAAGUACAGUUUGGUUACCCUAACCUGCCUGGGCUAAAGAAGCUGACAAUGGAUAUCUGCAAGAAUCUAAACAGCGAAAUCUCCCGCAUCCUCCCAGUUCUGGAGGUCUUCCAUCGAGCGCUGGACCAACAGCUCUCCCCCGGGAUUGGACAGACUCCAAAACAAAAUUGGGAUUCCGGUCAAUCUAUAUCCUUCAAGCUUGAGAGGCUGACAAAACUGCUCUACUGUAUAGAAGAUAAGGCUAAAAUGUCUUUGUUUGAGUCUGUUGGCAAUGAAGGAGGCCACAGAAAAUCCUUGAUACCUGUUGUCACGUUUGAGGUCAAGCAAGAAUCUCUGGCUAUUCCUACAAAGAUGUUCCUAAAAGUGGAUGUGGAAAGUGGGAAGCUCUUUCUCAAGAAGUCGAAAGACGGGCCUGACGACAAAUUCUUUGUGCACAACAAAAUCCUGCAGUUGGUGAAGUCGCAGCGAAUGCAUGCCAAACUUGUCAUCGUGGCGGAGACAGAGAAAGAGAAGAUUUUGCGAAAAGAGUUUACGUUUGAUGAUACAAAGAAAAGGGAGGGCUUUUGCCAACUCCUUCAACAGAUGAAGAACAAACACUCUGAGAAGCCUGAGCCAGACAUGAUCACAGUGUUCGUUGGCACUUGGAACAUGGGAAACGCCGGUCCUCCACACAACAUCGACUCCUGGUUUCAGUGUAAAGGACAAGGCAAGACCCGAGACGACACGGCAGAUCACAUCCCGCAUGACUUCUACGUCAUCGGGACCCAGGAGGACCCUUUGGGGGAGAGGGAGUGGGCAUACACAUUGAAAGGUGUCCUGAGGAAAAUCACCAACAUCAGCUUCAAACAAGUGGCGAUCCACACCCUGUGGAACAUACGGAUCGUGGUUCUGGCGAAGCCUGAACACGAGAACAGGAUCUCCCACGUGUUCUCAGACAGCGUGAAGACGGGGAUCGCCAACACGCUGGGUAACAAGGGGGCAGUGGGAGUGUCCUUCAUGUUCAAGGGCACCUCCUUUGGCUUCGUCAACAGUCACCUGACCUCUGGAAGUGAGAAGAAGCUCAGACGCAAUCAAAACUACACCAACAUCCUGCGAUUCCUCAAUCUGGGAGACAAGAAGCUCAAUCCAUUUGACAUCACGCAUCAGUUCACCCACCUCUUCUGGCUCGGUGAUUUGAACUACCGCGUUGAAUUCCCAUCGACAGAAGCUGAGUACAUUGUGACAAAGAUCAAACAGCAGCAGUACCAGGAACUCCUCAGCAAAGACCAGCUCAACAUGGAGAGGAACGAUGGAAAGGUCUUCUUGCAUUUCGACGAAGAGGAAAUCACGUUUGCACCCACGUAUCGCUUUGAAAGGGACACGCGAGAUAAGUAUGCCUACACAAAGGCCAAGGCCACAGGGACAAAAUACAAUUUGCCCUCGUGGUGCGAUCGUGUCCUACGGAAGUCGUACCCUCUCGUCCAUGUCGUCUGCCAAGCUUAUGGAUGUACCAAUGACAUCAUGACAAGUGACCACUCGCCGUUAUUUGCCACAUUUGAAGUCGGAGUAGCCUCACAGUUUGUCUCCAAGCAAGACCCGAACAGUGCACCUCAAGGCGGAAUACAGAUCAUGAACUGUGUGGCCACCUUGUUGACAAAGUCGAAGACCAAGUUCUUCAUUGAAUACCAUUCCAGCUGCUUGGAAAAAACAGUCAAGACGUUGGAGGGAGAGAACACAGAGCACUUGGACGGCUCGAUAAAAGUCUGGUUCGGCAACCAAGUGGAGCUCACCCCCAUCAUCUCGGAUCCAGAGUACCUGCUGGACCAACACAUCCUGAUCUGCGUGAAGUCGACGGACUGGGACGAGUCGUACGGGGAGGGUUGCGUUGCGCUACGAGCUGCCCAGUUCGCCUACACCGAGUUUCAGAUCACGCUGACUCACCACGGAGAAAGGACGGGCACUCUCACGGGUGGCAUCCAGUUACGCACCUCGGAGGGCACUCCCACCGAGAAGCUAUACGAUUUCAUUAAAGUCGAAAAGGAUGACGCUGUUGCUUCCAAAGGCAAAGGCAGCGACACAAACAGGUCUUCCGCCACCCAAGCUCAUGAUAUUUCCAACCCAAAUUAUGUCGGGAUGUCCUUUAAAAGUGGGCAUGUGGUGGAUAAAGGUUGGAGCUACAGCAUGCCACCAAAACACAUACCUACCGACAAGCAGGGCGGUUACGACGCGGGAAACACACGCAGUCCCGCGGGAAAGCCCAUGGCUGAGGAUGAAAAGCCGUCAGCGAUGUUCGACAAUCCGUUAUACGGUGCGAUGGGAAAAUCACGGGCCAAGGACCAAGACCACCCGCCGAAGGACCUCCUUGUGCCGCCAGAUCCAAACUUCCCCAGCUUCAAACCGGCAGAUAGCGACCCCGAUCGCCCCCCAGUGCCGACCCCGCGCCACCGCUCCUUCACCUGCUCCGAGACCAAACCCCCGCCGCCGACCUGCAUUCCCUCGCGGGCCUCGGCCCACAAGAAACCAGUGGUGCCGUCGCGCUCAGAGGGGGGGUUCGCGCCAGAACGUCCUCCUUUGCCUUCCAAGUCCCGGCCCGGCGUGCCGGAGCCCCAGAAUCCCAGAGACUACAGAGAGAGCGCCGAACUCCUCGGCAAACUCAGGCCGCCGGCGAGACCUGGCCAGCCGCCGCCUCCAAAAGACCUGCACGCUGACGUUCCAAAGGCCGGCCGUUCUGUGAAGUGAAGCAAAGCUGUAGUGACUGUGCAGCUACCUGCUCUGCAUUGUUGGAAACAUUAAAACCGAGGAUACCACUAGCUUAGCAUAGAAACCCGUAACAGUGGAGCAUAUAAAGCUCGUCCAUCACCAGUUCCUUCGGUUUUUAGUCCUGAUGCUAAGCUAAGCUAACUGUCCACUGGCUAUUAUUUCAUAUUCUUUGCCCUAACAUGAGCCUGGCCUCAGUCUUGUCGUUCAAUUCGUGGCAAGAAUGAAAAAUGGUGUGAAACUUUUCCCUUGAAGUUAUAUAAAAAAAGAGCAAAACAUUUAUAUUAUAGAAAGAUUGCAUUAAAACGUGGGUUUGGAAUCAAACUGCCCAUUCGAUAAACUUUACAUAUCAUGUGGAGAAUUACACUAUACAGUAGCUGACAAAUGUGUACCGCACAGUAUUAUCCUCCACAGACAUGAACAUGUCUACCAUGAAGAUGUACAAUAAAUUCUCAGGUGCUAACAAACAGCAACUGGAUUUGGUAGUUUCAGAUCUAUAUCACAAACUCAUCUCAACAGUCUGAGACAAGAUGUAGUUCUUCAUUGUUUGCUUCCAUCUGCUGUUGCAUAAAAGAACUGCAUGCAGUCCAUAUAUGAACCCCUAAAUAAUCUUAAUUCUCAUGUGGUUUGAUCAGUGUGUAAAUGUAAUCUGCACAUUCACAUAUUUGCUCAUGUGCACAAGCAAGGAGACAAGAGUUUCUUUGCCACUUCUCUUUUUCUUUAAAAUUGAAUAUAAUUUCUACAACUAUUGCAUAUUUGUUUCUAUCCUUAAUCCAAUUAUUGCACCUCCUGAGGAGAUGAAUAAAGAGGACGAUUACAUUUGCUGCAUA